GACAGGGAAGUAGUUAGAAAUGAUAAGGCAAGUCAGGUCAUGCAUCCGAGCACCACGGAGUAGAAUAAGCAUUAAUGCUAAAAGAAACUACUCUGAUGGGGAAGCUCAAACUAUGUCUCAAAAAGAGCUUCGGAAUAAGGAGAUCCAAGAAGCUUUGGCUUUAGAAGAGGAAGCAUUUCAAAGAUCCAAAGAAAUCAGAGAAUUAAAGUUCCAAACUGUGGAAAUGAUUUCCAGCUUGAAUAAGACCCCUAGCACUUUAAUAAACUCACGUUUGCAAAAGUUGCAACAAGAUUUGGAUAAUUUGCCUGCGGAUAAAGUCAAACAAUUAGAUGAAGAAUUGCAAGAGUUUAUGAAUUCACAAGUAGCUUUACCAACAAUUGAUCUGAUUAAUAGACCUUGGGUUUCAAAAAAUUCCAGUGACGAUAGUUCUAGUAGAUUGGUUCCAACCCAAUCUAAGUUUGGUUCUUAUCCUAAUUUGAGAACUACUCCUGAUUAUAAAGGUUACUCUGAUCAGGAAUUAUACCUUAGGCAAUUAAAUCAUGCUCGACUUUGCGGUAAAGCUGGAUCCAAACUAAGUAACGUAUAUCGUCCACAUCAUGACAUUAGAUACCCUCCUAGUGUCAACGAUACCACUAUUGCAAAUUUGAUGGCCGCCGGGUGUCACUUUGGUACUUCUAAGCAGUCAUGGAGAGAAAGCACCCAACCAUUCAUUUAUGGUGAGUAUAAUGGUAUUCACUUGAUUGACUUAAAUGUAACCAUCGAGAGACUCAAGUAUGCUUGUAAUGUCAUCAAAGGGGUUGCUGAAAAAGGGGGUAUCAUUGUUUAUGUUGGUACCCAUAAGAAUACAUCUGUUCAAAAUGCUUUGAUUGCCGCCGCUAAGAAAUCUAAAGGUUAUUACGUUUCCAAAAGAUGGAUUCCAGGUAUUAUUUCCAAUUUUAUUGAAGUCACUGGACAAAUUAAGAAGGAAAUCAUGGUUGAAGUUGACAUGGAAGAUAACUUAACUGGUAACAACGAUUUGAGAUUCCACGGAAAAGUAUUGAAGCCUGAUUUAGUUGUAUUAUUAAAUCCUCUUGAAAACAGAAAUUGUGUUAAUGAAUGUGCUGCUUCAAAUAUUCCGACUGUUGGUCUAUGCGAUACUGAUAUGGAGCCUUCAUUAUUAACUUAUCCUAUUCCAUGUAAUGAUGACUCAAUUAGAGCGGUGACUUUAAUGUUAGGUAUAUUGUCAAGAGCUGCUGAAGACGGUAUGAAUGCAAGAUUGAAUGCCAUCAAUGAACAUAAAGAAGCUCAAGCAGAGAUCGCAAAAGCUAUUAAUUCUAGUGAAAAGGCUGCUAUUCAAUAAAGAGAAAUAUAAUUACAUGCAUCUGUACAUAGUUCGUAUAUUAUAAUUUAAAGAAUAUUUUAGACUAUUUAUUCAAUAAUUCAUAAAUGUCCCGCUACUAUCUUUGCUUUCCUUGCUUGAUUCUGAUCUAUCAAUUGCAUGUCUUAAAGACAAACCUUUUUCCUUAAUUUCUUUAAGGAAUGUCAAUCGGUGCAAUUUCUGCUCCUCUGUGAACCGUUUAGCUACAGCUUCAUCAACACCGGACAGGAGUGUAUUUGCCACAUGUGAUAAAAAGGCAUCCUCAUCAACUAUAAUAUCAUUGAUAUCGACCGUCUCGAAUUCUUCACUUUCCUCAGAUAUUCCUCCCAGGUUAGUUUCGAUCCGAGAUAGUAUUUGCUCAAUCUUGCUCGAGAUCAAUAACUCAUUGUUGAUAAGAUCUUCAGGAAGUUUCGUUGAAGAAGAAUGCGAAAAUGAAUUCAAAUAGUAGUCUAGUAGUUCAUUCGAAUUUAUAUAUAUCAUUCAGGCCACAGCUCAAUGAUAGGUAUUGCACAAAUUCCUGAAUGUAAGUUGAAUUUUACGGAUCUGGAUCAAAUUUGUUGGUCGUGCACAACUUACCAAACAAUCAAAACAUGGAUUCUCGGCACAAGUUUGAAGUUCUAUAACUCCAUUUGGUUACCUCAGUAUUGCAUAGCACUGUCGAACUGAAUAUACGUCUACCUGGAGUAUAUACUUCAGAAAGAGAACAUAAUAAAGCAGGAUUUCUAAAACGAGGAGAAAACUGUCUGAAUUCCUUCGGCAACCAAAAAUAUGGACAAUAUUGGGAAAACUAGUAAGUAAUCAUUAUUGGCCAUGUGCUUUUAUCGAAACAUAGUAUUCUAAAAUCAUAUACAGACCAUAUCACAAAUUAAUAUUUGUCUUAAACACUGGCCAGCCCAGUUAACUCAUUAAACGAUACAUCGAAAGAAAUUCAAAGUCGUAUUCUAUCUCUCUCUCGAAACGCCUCUUAGUAUAUCAGUAGUAGUAAGAUCUUCCAAUAUAUUGACUUAUUCGACUUUACUCAUACCUGACCAAUAUUGCGAGCUAUUCUGCAACGAACAAUCAUCUUCUUUCACGUUUCCUUCAACUCUAAACCAGACCCCUAUCUCUAGAAGCUUUGUACAUACCAACAAUUCUAACAGGUCUUUACAGCAUUUGAUAGAUCCUGAAUAU